UGUGUCCACAGAUUCUCUCACAGAAGAAUGGUUCUUUUGAAUGGCUCUUUUGUAACUGAAUUCAUUCUGCUAGGCUUAACAGACCAGUUUGACCUUCAAAUACCCCUGUUCUUCCUAUUUCUUGUAAUAUAUGUUACCACUGCAUUGGGAAAUUUGGGCUUAAUAAUUCUAAUUUUAUUGAAUUCACAUCUUCACACUCCCAUGUACUUUUUCCUUUUGAAUUUGUCUUUCAUAGACCUCUGUUAUUCUUCUGUGGUUACACCAAAAAUGGUGAUGAACUUUAUGUUAAGGAAGAAUGUUAUCUCUUACAUGAGCUGUAUGACACAGCUCUACUUUUUUUGUUUUUUUGUCAUUUCUGAAUGCUAUGUGCUGACAUCAAUGGCCUAUGACCGCUAUGUGGCCAUUUGCAAUCCACUUUUGUGUAACACUGCCAUGUCUCCUAAAGUGUGUUCCUACCUUGUACUUGGUUCCUACUUGAUGGCAUUUUGUGAUGCCAUGAUCCACACUGGGUGCAUCCUGAGACUGACCUUCUGCAAUGGAAACAUCAUCAAUCACUUUUUCUGUGAUCUUGUCCCUUUACUCCAACUCUCUUGCACCAACACCUAUAUCAAUGAGGUAGAGAUUUUCAUAGUGGGAGGAAAAGACAUAACUGUGCCUACUAUCAUCAUCUUCAUCUCAUAUGGUUUCAUCCUUUCUAGCAUCCUCAAAAUAAGGUAUACUGAGGGCAGGUCCAAAGCCUUCAGCACCUGUAGUUCUCACAUUAUUGCUGUUUCUCUAUUCUUUGGAUCAUGUGCAUUUAUGUAUCUCAAACCCUCUUCAGCUGGGUCUAUGGAUGAGGGAAAAAUCUCAUCUGUGUUUUAUACCAUUGCGGUUCCCAUGCUGAACCCAUUUAUCUACAGUUUGAGGAACAAAGAUGUCAAAGUUGCCUUGAGAAAAACCCUGAGCAGAAGGUUUUGA